GGAUCAUACCACCCAUUUCAGAUCACCUCAUUCAGUGGGAAUCUCUUCGAUCUUUCCUGCUGUACCUAUCAGCUGUUUUAGCACGGGAUAGGUUCGGACCAUGGGUAUGACAUUAGCAGGUAACGUUUACUUAAUAUUUUGUACCGUCUUUGCCCCAAAAUAUUAUAUCAGACUGCAAGUGAAGUAGUUGUUGCACGGGUUCCUCCAUGUGAGGUUUUCCGGCAAUUAUGAGUGAUAUGGUUGACCUAAAAUUGGUCUUUGGACUCGUCGAAGUUCCUCAGAAAAGCGACUGAAUUUCAUUGAAUUUUAGUUUUUUAUGACUUAUAAUUAAUGGUAUGUCCGGGUUGUGUUUACAUGAAGGAAAUUGUGUUAACGUUCGUUUCGUUUUGUUUUAUUGUUUACGAUCAUUUGAAUUAGAUGCUCACAACAGCCGGUUCGGAGAAUAUCUGCAAAAUUAAUCCAGAAAGUGCUGAUACGCAACACAGAAUGUGAUUAAUUUCCCAAGUGUACUGUUUCUUUGAACAAGAUGUGCGAUUGCGUGUCGCAGUAACCAGCCUAACGGCUGAGGACUCCGCUUGACCGAUGGAAAUAAAUAUGGCGACGAAGUUUGCGAGGGGUGGGGUGGGAAGGGGCCGAGUAUCGGUCACCUCCGAGAGGUCAAGGAACUGAUUGAAUGUCGGAAUUAAAAUUUAUUGUUGGCUUAAAUGGGUAAAUGGUCAACGGUAAAUUGAUAGAUAAAUAAAUGGAGGGUAGCCGGCGAGUAGGCCCUUAUAAUAACCUUUUCCAACACGUGCGUUUCUCGGUCAGCAGAGAAAAAAAAUUGAGAUCUUAACAUUAAGCAACGCAAGCCGGCGUGAUCGUAUACAAAGGGUCAAGUGAGGGCCUUCCUAUUAGUGUCAGACCUCCAGCAAACCUUUCCGCGCCUCGUCUCGAAUCUUCCCGCGUGUGGAGGAACACGCGUCCUGCAGCGCUUAUCAGGGGGCCUAGCUAUUCUUCGAUAAUUCCAACUGAGUAAGUUAGUGAUGCAAAUUUGUCACCGUAAAGAUUUUACAACGUCAACUCAGUUGAAAUGAUUUUGUAAUACUCUGACACCCCUAUGGUGGCCGAGCGCUGCCUCUCAAAAUUUUACAAUUUUUCAAAGAUUUAAUGAAAAAUAAAAGAAAAAUAAAUCAAAACUGGAAGUAAAAUGGAACGUGACUGCAAAACAAAGGAAAAAGAACGAUUGAAAGUAAAAUGAAGUAGCAAUCCAAUUUGAAAGCCUAAGUAAUUGCAAUAUCAAAGUAAAAAUCAUUUCAAAAUUCAACUGAUAUCCUAGGACAGUUCACGGCGAAAUAAAAAAUAAAUGGAACAUCAAAUCAAAACAAAUGUCAAAGUGAAUAUCGCUGUGGCCGAGGGCUGCCACUACCAUGAUACUGUGCGGGCAGUAAAAAUUUUGUAAAAUUUUGAGUGGCAUCUCUCGGCCACCAUACAACCCCCCCCCUUUUUUUUUUUCAUUUGAAGUCUGAUAGUAGUUUCUGAAUGUAUUUUGCGCAAACACAAGUAGCUUGAACUUGUUAUGCGCACGCACUAUUUUUGUGCAGCGGUUUGUCACACGGAUGCAGGCAUUUUGGCAUUUACAAUGGUGGAACAAAUUACGGCGCGCAAAGGAAGUCCUUAAACGUGUGAUGUGGACCUUAAACGAAACGAAUUUAGUGGAUAGAUACAAGCUUGCCUCCGUUCGCCUUAGAAACGCAAACAAAUUACAAAUAGAUAUACUGCGAUGUUGGAAAGUUGGUUACAUUGUACUGUAAAAAAAAAAAAACUGUUUUACCGAUUGGUUGCGCGUUACGCUUCUCUAGCCACUUCGCCUCUCCCGCUUUAUAGGAAAUGCGCAUAAAAUAGAGCAGUUGGAUAAUUAAUAACUUUUUAGACGUUUUGGUGUGUGGUAUCGCUGAGUAUUUAUACUCUUUUCUUUUGUAUUUUGACUCACCUAAAAGCUUGUCAACAUACGGCACAGCACGCAAAAGUACCAAGCAAAAACCACACGCUAAAACGUCUUAUAAGAUAUAUUUAGCGAGCCAGAUCAGUCGCUUUACUUUUUUAUUAUUUACAGGAUCAAGGACUCUAGGUAAAGAAAGCUAUACUCGUCUGUUUACAUUAACGAUGUGUAUUUUUGUUUGUUACAGAAUUCGCGCUUUACUUCUUAAACGGUGUUGUGAAACUGAAGUCUCUACCCGUGGUUAUUGCAUACCUGUCUUUUGUGGCUUUCUCGCCGCUUUGGACUCGAUAUGUUCGCCCUUUUGGUCUCCGUAAGGUAUGGAUAAUGUUAACAGAUUCCUUUAGUGGAUCCACAUCAGCCCGCAUUUGCCAUAUUUUAGAUGAAUAUAUAUGAGGCGUAGGCCUGGAGAGAGACCUCACUAGCAAGGGAGAGGUAGGCUAGUCGAGUUUAUUUGUGACGGAGAUGUACCAAGGAGCAUAUAAACAGCACGUAGUGUGACAUUUCUAAGAUCAAGAUUGAUGUGAAAAACGCUAUAUCGCUAUGUUUUAUCUUCUCUUUCUUAAUCUCCCAGGUUCUGGUGGUUUACAAUUUUGCAUGUAGUAUAUUCAGCCUUUAUUCAGUCGUCAUCAUCCUUGCAGCCCUGGCAAGGAAUUGGCCACGUUCUUUGUUUUCAUGUGAGGAAGAUUCCCUCGUAAAGCACGCUUUUUGGGUAUACUACAUGACCAAGUACAUCGAGCUCAUGGACACAGUCUUCAUGAUUCUUAGACACAGGCUGCGUCAAGUUUCUUUACUUCAUGUAAGUAACCUGAAACGGUAAAUUCUUGACUGCAAAUGACACGAUUCUAGGAAAAGUUUCAAAGACCAUUGAAAAUGUGAAUCUAGUAGAACAUGGUGGGCUUAUUACAUCACGCGCCCACGAGCUCCUUACUGCCCAACGCGAGAUCGACAGACCGGUGAGGUGGAUCGGUAUUACAGAGGUCUGGGGCUGACUCGUUUUCUUUCCUCUUCUAAAUCGGUCUUUGAAAGCGUGAGAAAUGGGGACGGGUGAUGACUGAAAGUUACCAAGGGAACGACGGGAGGAUGGCAUCUUUUCCUGUCUUCCCAUCUGCUUCUGCGCCCCCCCUCAGAGACAACUGCAGGCUGAAAUUGGCGGGGGCAUGGUGGAGGGAAGGGCGGGUGCCUAGAAGGAGGCAAUGGUCAGCUACAGCAUAUACAGGAACCACCUUUUUUUUGACUUAGGAGGAAAAAAUAAUAAUUCGAUAAGUAAAUAUCUUUCAUUGUAUUUUUUUAUGAUUGAAUUGGGCAAAUAGAAGCCUUUCGUUAGCGGAUGCUUGGUUUUCGAACGUAGUAAAGUGAAAAAUAAUCUUUUUGAAUUUAUUUCCUCUUAGAUUUACCACCACUCUUCCAUUUUGAUGCUGAGUGAAUACGCUUCCAUUAACGGCAAUUGGCCGGCCAUCUCUGUACCAUUGGGAUUGAACGCCAUCAUUCACGUGUUUCUGUAUUUCUACUACGGCCAAUCUGCACUCAAUCCUGGUCAAAGGCCCGCUUGGAAGAAGAACCUGACCCAACUUCAACUGAUUCAGUUCAUGAUUGGACUGUGUCACAUGAUCGUGGGAUAUCUACAACACGGCUGGUGCUGGUACGGAAUUGCCUAUGAGCUGACCAUGAUAUGGCUGUUUUCUAAUUUUUAUUACCAAGCGUAUCUCAAAGAAAGGGCCGUUGUCAAGAAACUAGAAUGAAGCACACAUGUUUUAGGUUCAAUUUUAAGUAACGUUUUAUCUCGAGUGUUUAUUGGCCUGCGUAACAGGCGUUCAGAUGUUGGGGCGUAACUCUUCAUUUGAGCGCAGCGACAGGGUCGGUAUCCCUUACUUGAAAGUUUCAGUAACUUAACGAGCCUGAAGCCAUCUUCUUGAUUUAAAAUGUGAAGGAAAAGAAGUGCAAGUCUUAACUCGAAAAUCACGUCAUUCUGUUUAGUAUCUAGACAUUUCUUAUGGCUGUUUGAAUUUCAAGACUAUUAAUUCAUCGAUAUUUAACGAAUUAAUCAGCUUUUCGGACCCGUCAAGUUAUUGAGUCUUUCAAGAAGCGAGGCCCUCGUUUGAUAAGGUUGUGGUAAUUAUAUCUUCUGUUCAUAUGGGUGUGGCUCCUCGCGCGGGGGAGCCGUUGCGAAAUACGCGUGCCCGCCUUUUCGAGAGUUCGUCACGCAGGUUUGGCUUUUGUUGAGCUAAAUGCCUUGCGUUUUGAAUUGUGUCAAAAUAGAUUGAAACUAAUUCUUUGCUGAGAUAAUCAAUAAUAAUUAUUUUCAUGGUCAGUUGAAAAUUAUUCGUAUUUUUGCAAAAGUAAUUUUAAUUGUUUAUUUGUACGACGGGGUAGAGAGUACUCAGCCACUAAUUUAAGAUAGAUUGAAAUAAAUCUUACUGUAACUUGUAGCAAAGUGACUGGGUUAACAUUUUGGGUACAUCUUAAGCCUGCGAGCAAGCUCUCUGAAGAACAGCCCUAUGAGCAGCGUAGCUGGCAUGAAUAAGAGCUAAGAGGACACAGCGGUCAAACGUCUGCGCAUGUGCCAACGUUGUAGUGUCUAAGUAACGUGCUUUUAAUAACCACACAAGCCAGAAGUCAUUGUGGUUCAUAAACGUCUACCGUCUUUACUAAAGCAUAUUAGAGACUGGUAAAUGAACAGGAUACCCGUACUCGGAAAAGUUUUUGUGUUCGAAAAGUCUGGAGUUUUUCUCUUCGCAACUUUUAUUUCAUUUGGCAUAUUUCUUUUCUGUUACACAUUUCAAUUUUCUUUGAUUACUCUGUGAGAACAAUUGUUUCUUAAAUUCUCAGUUGGAAUUUUGGGUGGGAAAUUGAAGCGCGGACAGCUGAAAUUGGUCCUCUUGCGCAUGCCUUACUUUUGACCGCUGUGUUUCUCGUAGGCUAGUUCAUCUUGUGCAUUCGCACUUUCAAUCCCUUAAUUUUAAACUACACAAAAUAGAGCAGUUUACUCUUGUUCACCUUCGAUU